GAAGCUAUUCUUUGUGCCACAAAGAUGGUAAUAAAUCUUUGCCUUCCACAGUUCCGACCAAGAAUUCACUGCAACAAGAUAUCAGCUGAUGGUUACGAAGUCGAAAACCUCAUCUCUGAAGACCUUACAAAGAGAAGUCGUGGUUUUAGGACAGAGUAUUUCAUUAAGCCACCAGUCUAUGUGACAAUUUCUUUUCCCUUUAAUGUAGAAAUCUAUAGGAUUAACAUAGAUCUCACAGCUGGGGGAGGCCACAGUGUCACUGGCCUGGAGAUGUACACGUCUGCCUUACCCAGCAGAGCAUCUUGGAGUACCCCUGAGUGCCAGACUCCAGGCUCCGCUGAGCCAUCCAUCCCAGACAAAGAGGCGUUCACCUUGGUGGGCAAAGUCUUAUUGAAAAACCAGAGCCAGGUGGUAUUCAGCCACAGAGGCUUUAAGGCCAGGCCACCUUUUGGCCCGCUGGGAGCCAUACUCCCCUCUCCUGCUGUUGCAGCCCAGGAACUUUGGAAUAAAGGGGCUCUCUCCCUCAGCCAUGUGGCCCAUCUCAAGAUCUGUAUCACCCACGUGACAGGCAGCGGUAUCCCUUGCAUCAAACGGUUGGAAGUGUGGGGUCAGCCAGCCAAAACCUGCUCCCAGGAGGUGAUAGACAGUGUCUUGCUGGUUGCCUCAGAGAGCCUCCCUCAGGACUUGGCUCUGCAGACCCUGGCCUUACCCAUGGAGAGUGACUGUGAACCUGGAGACCAGUCUGAGGGCCACCAGGCCCCCUCCAGCUUGCAGAAGCUGGCUGAGGUAAUUCGGGAUGUACCUGAGGAGUUCUUGGAUCCUAUCACCCUGGAAAUCAUGCCUUGCCCCAUGCUGCUACCUUCAGGCAAGGUCAUCGACCAGAGCACGCUGGAGAAGUGUAACCGCAGUGAAGCUGCAUGGGGCCGUGUACCCAGUGAUCCUUUUACAGGAGUAGCCUUUACUCCACACUCCCAGCCCCUGCCUCACCCCUCUCUGAAGGCCCGGAUUGACCAUUUCCUGCUCCAGCACUCCAUCCCUGACUGCCACCUGCUUGGGAGAGCACAGACUGCAGUGGCGGUGACUCCUUCUUCCAUUGUUAUGCAUUCUCGGAAAAGGAAGAUGGAGCAGGCCGAACAGGCCCCAGACAGUAGCCUUGGUAUAAAUGCUUCCUCUUUUUUGACCACAAGCCCUCUGGUCUCACCCACUACCUCAGAGCAUACCGCUAAGAAAAUGAAAGCUGCCAGUGAGUUCGGCCUGACACACAUGGAUUGCUCAACAGGUCCAAUGUCCCAUGAGCAGAAGCUGUCACAAAGCUUGGAAAUUGCCUUGAUGUCGACCCUUGGCUCCAUGCCCUCUUUCACGGCUCGGCUGACCAGGGGACAGCUCCAGCACCUUGGCACAAGAGGGAGCAACUCUUCCUGGAAGCCAGGUGCCAGCUUCGAGCAGCCUGGGAGCAGCCUGGGCCCUGAGUGCGCCACCUGCAAAAGAGUGUUCUCUCCCUACUUCAAAAAGGAGCCCGUGUACCAGCUUCCCUGUGGCCACCUCCUGUGCCGCCCCUGCCUGGGUGAGAAGCAGCGGUCCCUGCCCAUGAUGUGCAUAGCCUGCCAGCAGCCAGUCGCCAGCCAGGAUGUGCUGCGGGUCCACUUCUGA